AGAGCGAUUUAAAAAUGGGUGAUGUUGAGAAGGGCAAGAAGAUUUUUGUGCAGAAGUGUGCCCAGUGCCAUACUGUGGAAAAGGCAGGCAAGCACAAGACUGGGCCAAAUCUCCAUGGUCUGUUUGGGCGAAAGACUGGUCAGGCCCCUGGAUUUUCUUACACGGAUGCCAACAAGAACAAAGGUAUCACCUGGGGAGAAGAAACCUUGAUGGAGUAUUUGGAGAAUCCCAAGAAGUACAUCCCUGGAACAAAAAUGAUCUUCGCUGGCAUUAAGAAGACUGCAGAAAGGGCAGACUUGAUAGCGUAUCUCAAAAAGGCUACUAAGGAAUAAUAGUUGGCCACUGCCUUAUUUAUUACAACACAGAAAUGUCUCGUGACAUUUUUUUUUUAUGUGUACCAUAUUUAAAUUG